CAAUACGCGUCUAUCGAAAAGCCAAAGAACUGCUUGAAAGGAAAAGGUCGUUUGUACUGUACAUGCACAUGUACAUCAACGACUGAUCUAGGCAGAGCAUCAUCAAAUGGUCUGACCAAUUAAAGGAUGAUUAGCAGUCCAACGAUCUUGCCUUCACUAUCACUGCCCUUUUAAUUACUGAUUUCCUAUUCCUCCCUUGAACAAUGACAAACCAAGUCCUCAUGUCAUCAGAGCCUACAACCGAUAGAAAGCAUAGCAACAUUGAAGUUGUAGACCAAGCAACUCGUUCACCCGAAACGUUCUCACCCCAUGACCGCCCCCACCUUCACCCGCAUCUGAAAACUCCUUUACUUCAUCAAACUCAACAGCAACAACAAUUACCUACAGACUGUCUGCCCUGUAAGGUGAUCGGCUGUGCUGGUUUCGGAGGUUUAGGUCUCUACUCCUUCUAUCAAGCCCAGCAACUGCCGAAAACUCUGGUGGCUCGUCGACUCGGGCUCGGACUUUUGGGAACAGCAUUCAUUGGCGCUGCAAUUUACAGAUUGACCAUGCCUAUCAUUCAGGAGCCACCACCACCAGAAAAAUAAAAAUGAAGAAAUAAGGAAUAAUAAUAUAAAGACUCUUCCACAAGCAUGAU